AUUUUGUUCUUAAUGUUUGACAUUCAUGUCUCCAGUUCUUAGUGAAAUCCUCCGUUCCGGGUUUAUGGUCGAUUCCUCCCUCAGGCGCAGGACCCAUUUAGUUCAAUCUUUCUCUGUUGUCUUCCUCUACUGGUUUUAUGUGUUUUCAUAAAUCAGCUCCCAUCACUCCCUCAUAUAUAUGAUAUAUCUAUCUAAUAUAAUAUAAUAUUAUAUAUAUAAAGUUUCUGUUAAUCUUAAUAGUUUGGUCCUCUGUUUCUCUGUUAUGGCUUCCUCUAGUGGGAAUUCCUCUGGUUCCACUCAGCUUCAGAACUCUGGUUCUGAAGGGGACUUGCAGCAUCUGAUGGAUCAGAGAAAAAGGAAAAGAAUGCAAUCAAACCGCGAAUCGGCGAGGCGGUCCCGGAUGCGAAAGCAGCAGCACUUGGAUGAUCUGAUGGGCCAAGUGACGCAGCUGAGGAAGGAAAACAACCAAAUCUUGACCAGCAUAAACAUCACGACCCAGCACUUGAUGAAUGUUGAGGCUGAAAAUUCAGUCUUGAAGGCUCAGAUGGAAGAGCUCAGCCAAAGACUGGAGUCUC